AUGAAAACAAAUUACUGUUUGAUAUUGCUUAUAUGCUUGGUGGUCAACUUAAGCAUUGGCUUUUGCCUGGGUUUAUCCGAUCAGGACAAUUUUUUUGCUAAUGAAAUCACAGAAAACUCAUUUACAUAUAUAAUUCCUGAACAUGAAAGAAUUACAAAACGUUCUCUUAAUUUUAAUAAAAAUCAUGGCGGUAAUAGAAAUAACAAUAUAAUAUAUUAUUACACUCCCAUAUCCAUUACAUUCUUGGAAAGAAAUUACUCAAUAAGAUACUCGGAUUGCUUCUUUAAUAAGAAAAAUAAACAUAUAAUCAGAAAUUUUAAUAAAGGAGAAAAUAAUUUUUUUUUACAAAUUAAUACAAAUCACUCACUUGACAUCUCAAAUAUUAAUAAUUUGAAAUGGAGAUUUAAUAUUAAUCAAAAAAAAUAUUUAAUCAACCCCUCAUAUAAAUUUAAAAUUCCAAGUUUAAAUCAACUGUCAAAUAAUAAUUAUUAUAAGAUUGAUCCGUUUAGAGGUUUGACGUUUUAUUUAAACGGUUUAAAAUAUUUGUUGGUUAGUUUGAAUAUAACAACAAAUUUAGAUUCAAAUUCAAGUUAUCAAAAGACUUUGUUGGUUUUAAAUCAACUGGAUUCAAAUAUUAAUAACAAUUUAAUCUUACUAAAUAAUAAAAGGGAUUUUAAUAGAUAUUGCAAGAAUUAUAAAGUUGAUGAUAACAAUAAUAGUUUUGAUGAUGAGUAUAACAUUGAAUAUAGUAGUAACUAUAAUAAUCCAGUUGAUAUUUUAUAUAAUAUAAAUGAGUUCAAAUUUCAUGAUAUUAUGAUAUCCUAUAAUUAA